CUUUCGGCUCCCUUUCAAAUACCGAUAUUUCAAAGUUCUUUUUACACUUUUUAUACUUUCAACACCUUAAUACACACACAACAGCGAAAUGGUUCUUGAGCAGUAUCAGCGCGAAUUCAUCGAAUUCGCCAUCGCCAACAACGUCCUGACGUUUGGCGAGUUUACCCUGAAGAGCGGCCGCAUCUCGCCGUACUUCUUUAAUGCAGGCAAGUUCAACAGUGGGUCGUCGCUGGCAAAGCUCGGAAAGUACUACGCAGCGGCCAUUACCGCGCGCAAAGACAUCCACUACGACGUCAUCUUUGGCCCAGCAUACAAGGGGAUUCCGUUGUCUGCCGCCACUGUCAUUGCGCUGGCCACCGGUGAUGCUCAGCUCGAUGUGCCGUACUCGUUCAACCGCAAGGAGAAGAAGGACCACGGUGAGGGAGGCAGCAUUGUCGGCGCGGCACUGAAAGGCGACAUUUUGAUUGUCGACGAUGUUAUCACGGCGGGCACAGCUAUUCGCGAGAGCAUGGAUAUAAUUCAGAAAGAGGGGGCUCGGCUGGCUGGCGUUGUUGUGGCUAUCGACCGUCAGGAGAGAGGCCGCGAGAGCGAGUUCUCUGCUAUCCAGGAGAUUGAGAGCGAGUACGGAACACCUAUCAUCGCCGUGGUCAAUCUGGAUAGCAUUGUUGAAUACCUGGCUGAGCAGGGCGGAGAGCAGGCACCCAUGUUGAAGGCCAUGGAGGAGUAUCGCAGCAAGUAUGGUGCAAAGUAUUAGACGUGUUUAUUUGCAAGGAUGGGUGUCAAAUGAUAAAAUAAAAUGCACCAUAAUGAACCCCC